AUGCUGAUACUGUAUAGUUGUCCGACCUUAUCUUCUAAGACCGUGCUCACGGCCAUCCCCAUCCAAAGUACACAGUAUACCAAUGAUAAGAAAUACCUAAUAAUGUCAGAUUCUUUAAGAAAUUUAAUCAGCAUAUAUAAUUUAAACAAAUCCCAACCAGUUAUCAGCCAAAUAAUUAAUGAACUUAACGAACGCAAUAAUAAUAUAUAUCUCGCAUGGAUCCCGGGACACUUCGGCAUAUCUGGCAACGAAAAAGCUGACUUAAAAGCUAAAGAAACUACAAAUACCUCCAUUUUUGAAACAUGUCCUAACAUAUCACACCUUGACUUUCGAAAUUUCAUUAAAUUCAACCAUAUUGAUGAAUGGCAAAGCUUCUGGACUAAUUGCAAUAAUAACAAGCUCAGAGAAAUAAAGCAAACAGUACUACCAUGA